CUGAACUUUACAAUUUAACCAACUAUAGUGAAAUCAAAAUUCUGAACAAAUAACUUCCCAAGUCACUCUAAUCAAACUUCAAAUGAUGUCUUAAGAAUUUAAUGCUGGUCGUUGUUUCUAAAUACUGCAUCGUUAAGGUAAAUAAAAAGGUACACAAAAAGAGCGACAUCUAAAAGGGUUUCAAGUUGCAUACACAAAGUUAAGACAAAUUUGUUUUUUUUUUUUUUCCGAUGCAGUGAAAACAAAAAAGAGAGAGAAGAAAGAACAAUCAAAUAACACAAAAUCGGUCCUCAACAGUAAUCACUUGGGAUCUUUCAAAACCUAGAAGAAAAAACUCAUCUUUCUUCUUCUUCUUCCCCUGAGACAUCUCUCGAUUCUUUGUACUCGCUUGUUUUGUUCGAACUCAAUCGGAUUUUCAAUUUCCUGGGCGUAGUUUACAACGAACUGAUUCCUUGGUUUGAUCAAUCGGUGUGUUCUUGUAUCAAUCGAUUUUUUUGGUUAGUUUUUAGGUUUUUGUUGUUUUUCAUGGCUGCGGAUCUCGAUGAUUUGGAAGAAGAGAGUUCUUCCUCAUUAUCACCACCGCUUCUUCCGCCGCCUCGGUCUCCGUUGAAUCAGCCGGAGUUGUGGAUGAGAGUUGAGGAAGCAACCCGUGAAAUUAUAGAGCAGGUUCAUCCAACUCUUGUCUCCGAGGAUCGACGAAGAGAUGUGAUUCUAUAUGUUCAAAAACUUAUCAGAAUGACACUUGGAUGCGAGGUACAUUCUUUUGGAUCGGUUCCAUUGAAAACGUAUCUUCCUGAUGGAGACAUUGAUCUCACUGCUUUUGGUGGGCUGUAUCAUGAGGAAGAACUGGCUGCCAAAGUUUUUGCUGUACUUGAGAGGGAAGAGCAUAACUUGUCCUCCCAAUUUGUGGUUAAGGAUGUGCAGUUAAUACGGGCUGAGGUCAAGCUUGUUAAAUGUCUGGUGCAAAACAUCGUGGUUGAUAUCUCUUUCAAUCAGAUUGGUGGGAUUUGCACCCUCUGCUUUCUCGAGAAGAUUGAUCACCUCAUUGGAAAGGACCAUCUCUUUAAGCGAAGUAUCAUACUAAUUAAAGCUUGGUGCUACUAUGAGAGCCGUAUUCUCGGGGCUUUCCAUGGAUUAAUAUCAACAUAUGCUUUGGAGACAUUGGUCUUAUAUAUCUUCCAUCUGUUCCACUCAUCAUUGAAUGGACCACUAGCAGUUCUAUACAAAUUUUUGGACUACUUCAGCAAGUUUGACUGGGAUAGCUAUUGCAUUAGCCUGAAUGGUCCUGUCUGCCUUUCCUCUCUACCAGAUAUUGUUGUUGAGACUCCGGAAAAUGGAGGGGAAGAUCUUCUGCUGACCAGUGAGUUCCUCAAGGAAUGUCUGGAGAUGUACUCUGUACCAUCACGAGGAUUUGAGACAAACCCACGCGGGUUUCAAUCAAAGCAUCUUAAUAUAGUCGAUCCGCUUAAAGAAACUAACAAUCUUGGACGCAGCGUAAGCAAAGGUAACUUUUAUCGUAUACGAAGUGCAUUCACAUAUGGUGCUCGGAAGCUUGGGCAACUUUUUUUGCAGUCAGAUGAAGCCAUAAGUUCUGAGCUUCGUAAGUUCUUCUCUAACAUGCUACUCAGGCAUGGGAGUGGCCAGAGGCCCGAUGUCCAUGAUGCUAUUCCAUUUUUAAGGUACAACAGGUACAAUGCCAUAUUGCCAGCUUCCAACCAUUUCCAAGAAGGCCAAGUGGUUAAUGAAUCAGAAUCCUCCAGUUCGUCUGGUGCUACUGGAAAUGGUAGACAUGACCAAGAAGACUCGUUGGAUGCAGGAGUAAGUAUACCGAGUACAACUGGGCCUGAUUUAAGUGGAUCACCUGGUGAAACAGUGCCUUCGGUUUCAGAGGAACGAUUUUCGGGAGACGCAAAAGACUUGGCUACUUUGAGGAUCCAAAAGUUAGAGAUUUCCGAUGAUGCAAUGAAAUCUCCGUGCCUUAGUGAUAAGGAAAGUGACUCUCCUUUGAAUGGUAAGCAUCAUUCUUUUAAUCAGAUGAGAAAUGGAGAAGUUUUAAAUGGAAACGGGGUGGGGAAACAGCAAGAGAAUUCCUGGCAUACUGGUUCCAGAAGAGUUAAAGAUAUACAUAUUAAUGAGAAUGAGAAUGAGCAUGUUGGUUAUGAAGACCUGCCAUUCGCAAGUGCAGUACCUUGGCCACAGGAGGACAUGCAUCUCCACUACUCAGGUCAUUGUGUUUCUGGCACUCCGAAUAUGCUGUCUGACCUCUCAGGCGAUUACGAGAGUCAGCUUAACAGUUUGCGAUUUGGUCGCUGGUGGUUUGAUUAUGUCCAAAAUGGUCCUAUGUCUCCACUAUCACCUCCUGGGCUGCCUCAGCUGCCGAACAACAAUUCAUGGGAAGUAAUGCGGCAUGCUCUGCCAUUCAGACGAAAUGCGCCCACUCCAGUAAAUGCAAAUGGAGUUGUUCCGAGACAGGUUUUCUUUCAUGUGAACCCUCAGAUGAUUCCAGGUCCUGGUUUUGGUAUCGAGGAAUUACCUAAGCCACGAGGAACUGGAACAUACUUCCCCAAUGCGAACCAUUACAGGGAUAGACCGUUCUCCCCAAGAGGAAGGAACUCACACCAAGCUAGGUCGCCGCGUAACAAUGGCCGAAGCAUGUCACAAGCGCACUCAGAAAUGAAUUUUCCUGACAGAAACACCCGUGAGAGACAGCUUCAUUAUCCCAACCAAACAAAUGGUUCAUGCGAUAUGAGUCACACUGAUUCACUUGAUAGCUUUCCUGAUACCAAUGGCUCUACAAAUCAUCCAUAUGAAAAGGCUCCAGACUUUAGGCCUACAGAGCCUCUACCAGUGGAAGUACUCUCCCCUCCUGAGGACAGCAAGCCAAGAGAUAGCAUUGAAGGUCAUCAUAAUCGGCCACAUCGUCCAAAACCUAGACCCUCCUCAACACAGGAAGAACGUGAUGUACAUGUAGGGUAACACCUACACAGUCAUACCAUUUGACGGAUGAUGAUGAGUUCCCUCCUUUGUAGCUCUGGCCUGAAUUACAAAUGCAUGCUCUCUAGACCGUUAUAGGAACAGGUAUAGUUUUCUAACUUGGUUUGUCUCCUAAGUUAUUUGUUUUUACCUCCUGCAAGCGCAAAAAAAAAAAAAAGAAGAAGAAUGGAGCUGAUAUGUUUUGGGCUGUGGUUCUUUCUUGUAUGUUAUCUCUGGUGCUAUAGAAUAAUUUAUAUGUAUCUUUAUCAAACUCUCUGGACAAAACCUUUGCAGAGCUUUGUAUUUUCUACUUAGACAGGUUUGCUGAGUGUAUUAUAGGAUGUUUUUUUUUUUCU